AUGCAGGUCUACACGGAGCUUGUGGCGCCAUCGGCCGUCACCCAUUCCCUGAGCCUGUCCUUGACGUCGGCCACCUCGAGCAAUCUCGUCGUCGCAAAGGGCUCCCUCCUGCAAAUCUUUGAGACGCGUACCAUUGCCGCCGAGCUCGACCGGCAAAACCAGACCCAGCAAGUACCGCCGGUGCCGGCCGCCGCCGCCGAGCCUGACUUUGACGUCCGCGGCGGCCACGACGACGACGCGCUCGAGGCCUCCUUCUUCGGCGCCGCCGAGGCGCCCCUGCUGCUGCGCGACCGCUCCCAGCACACCAAGCUCGUCCUCGUCGCCGAGUUGCCCGUCGCCGGCACCAUCAUCGGCCUCGCCCGCCUCAAGCUGCCGCACACCUCGUCGGGCGGCGAGGCUCUCCUGCUGGCCUACCGCGGCGCCAAGAUGUGCCUGACCGAGUGGAACCCGCGCCGCGCCGCGCUCGAGACCGUCUCGAUACACUUCUACGAAAAAGACGAGCUGCAGGGAGCGCCUUGGGAGCUGCCCUUUGGCGAGUAUGUCAACUACCUCGAGGCCGACCCCGCUAGCCGCUGUGCGGCCUUCAAGUUUGGCAGCCGCAACUUGGCCAUCCUGCCCUUCCGCCAAGCUGAGGAGGAUCUCGAGAUGGAAGACUGGGAUGAGGCGCUGGACGGGCCCAAGCCGCCCAAGGAAGCGUCUCUCGCGACCAACGGAGAUGCCAACGGAGAUGCCAACGGAACCCAGUCGCAGCAUUCACCCUCCUUUGUACUGCGACUGCCUCUCCUCGACCCAACGCUUCUGCACCCAGUCCACCUCGCGUUCCUCCAUCAAUACCGAGAGCCUACGUUUGGUAUUCUAUCUUCUGCGCAAUCUACCUCCAUCGCUCUAGGGUUCAGGGACCACUUGACGUACAAGGUUUUCACCCUGGACCUGAAACAGCGUGCUUCCACUACCAUUUUAUCAGUCACCGGUUUGCCGCAAGACCUCAGCCGCGUUAUCCCGCUGCCCACCCCUGUGGGCGGUGCUCUUCUCGUUGGCGCAAACGAACUUAUCCACAUUGACCAAUCUGGUAAAGCCAAUGGCGUUGCGGUGAACCCCAUGGCACGACAAAUGACCUCCUUCAGUCUAAACGACCAGUCUGAGCUCAACUAUCGUCUGGAAGGAUGCGCAAUUGAACCCGUUUCCAUGGAAAGUGGCGAGCUCCUCCUCAUUCUCAACGACGCCUCGCUAGCCAUCGUCUCGUUCAAGAUUGACGGACGCACAGUCUCUGGAAUCAGCCUGGUCCCUGUUUCGCAGGAAAAUGGCGGAAACUUGCUCAAGAGCCACGUAUCUUGCAUUUCUCGAAUCGGCAAGUCGUCCAUGUUUAUUGGAAGCGAGUACGGCGACUCUGUUGUACUAGGGUGGUCAAGGAAGCAAAGCCAAGAAAAACGCAAGAAGUCGAGAGUAUUGGAUGCAGAACUGGCCCUCGAUGUAGACGAUAUUGACCUUGAUGACUUUGACGAAGAUGACGAUUUGUACGGCACGGAAUCGACUGCCGCAAAACCAUCCCUAGCCACCAACGGAGUGACAAAAGGCGGCGAGCUGAUCUUUCGCCUACAAGAUUCUUUGCUAUGCCUCGCGCCGAUCCACGACGUUGCCCCGGGUAAAGCAGUGUUCCCACUGGACAGCGAAGAGGUAGUUCUGCGGGAUGGCGUCACAUCAGAACUGCAGCUUGCGUGCGCCGUUGGUCGAGGAAAGGCUGGUGCCAUUGCUAUUUUAAACCGCGAAAUCCAACCCAAGGUCAUCGGAAGAUUUGAGUUUCCGGAGGCUCGGGGGUUCUGGACCAUGUGUGUCAAAAAGCCGUUGCCGAAAGCUCUCGGCUCCAAUGCUGUCGUCAGCAGCGAAUACGACAGCAUGGAGUUAUAUGACCGAUUCAUGAUUGUUGCCAAGGUCGAUUUGGACGGCUACGAAACGUCGGAUGUUUACGCCCUGACAGACGCUGGUUUUGAGAGCUUAAAAGAUACAGAAUUCGAGCCAGCAGCAGGCUUCACAGUCAUGGCGGGCACUAUGGGGAAGCAAAUGAGAAUCAUUCAGGUAUUGAAAUCAGAAGUCCGAUGCUAUGAUGGGGAUCUAGGCCUGAGCCAAAUUCUGCCCAUGAUGGACGAGGAUACAGGGGCAGAGCCAAGAGUGGUCAGCGCAAGCAUUGCUGACCCAUACCUGAUGGUUAUCCGAGACGACAACAGCAUCUUCAUUGCCAAGAUUGAUAGUAAUGAUGAGCUAGACGAAGUUGAGAAGGACAAAGGCCCCCUUGCCUCGAUUAAAUGGCAAACGGGUUGCCUAUACGCCGAUCAUGAUGGACAUUUCCAACCUAAACAGCCCGAUGAGGGAAGUAGCCCGAGAAUCUUGAUGUUCUUGAUGAGCACAACCGGCGCUCUGCACAUAUAUGACUUGGACAACCUCUCAGAACCAGUCUAUGUUGCAGAAGGCCUGACCUCAACGCCCCCUUUUCUAUCUGCAAACUUUACUGGCCGCAAGGCUGCUGCGAAGGAAACACUGACUGAAAUUCUCGUUGCUGAUCUUGGCGACGUGGUCGCCAAGAGCCCAUAUCUCAUUCUUCGCCACGACACUGAUGACCUAACUCUAUAUGAGCCUGUGCGAUACCAUGAACCGAACAGUAGCUCAGCACCGCUCUCAGAUACAUUAUUCUUCAAAAAGUCGACAAACUCUACUAUAGCAAAAAGCGCGCCAGCUUCCGACAAGGAAGAUGAUGAAACACAGCAAAAGCGCUUCGUUCCGCUUCAACUCUGCGCCAAUGUUGGCGGCUAUAGCGCAGUGUUUCUAUCUGGUGACUCGCCUAGCUUUAUUCUCAAAUCGGCAAAGAGCAUACCUCGCAUUGUUGGUCUCCAAGGCCAAGGCGUGCAGGGCAUGAGCACCUUUCACACAGAAGGCUGCGACCGGGGUUUUAUUUAUGCUGAUACCAAAGGUAUUGCCAGAGUCAGUCAGCUGCCCACGGAUACCAACUACGCGGAACUGGGCAUCUCAGUCAAGAAGAUUCCGCUGGAUUGCGACGUGAACAGAGUCUCGUUCCACUCACACACUGCAACGUAUAUCGCUGCUUGCUCAACACGGGAGCCGUUUGAACUGCCCAAAGACGAUGACUAUCACAAAGAAUGGGCUAGAGAGACUGUUAACUUUGCGCCAACUAUGCCGCGAGGUAUUUUGAAGCUCAUUAGCCCUGCAGCGUGGACAGUCAUUCACAGCCUGGAUCUCGAAUCGUGCGAAACGAUUGAAAGCAUGAUGGCACUUCACCUUGAAAUAUCCGAGGAAACCAAAGAGCGACGUAUGGUUGUUGCUGUUGGCAGCGCGAUUUGCAAGGGAGAAGAUUUGCCUACACGUGGCCGCGUCCAGGUUUUUGACAUUGUCACCGUCAUCCCCGAACCGGGGCGGCCAGAGACAAACAAGAGACUGAAGCUCCUGGCCAAGGAAGAGCUGCCGCGUGGUGGCGUCACCUCGCUGUCCGAAAUCGGCACUUCUGGUCUGCUGCUCAUUGCGCAGGGCCAAAAGUGCAUGGUACGAGGUCUGCGCGAAGACGGCGGACUGUUGCCUGUCGCCUUUUUGGAUAUGAACUGCCACAUUCUGGGUGUACGUGAGCUGCGCGGUACUGGCCUGUGCCUCAUGGCCGAUGCCUUUAAGGGCAUGUGGUUUGCGGGCUACACGGAGGAACCGUACACCUUCAAGGUGCUCGGAAAGAGCGGCGGUCAGAUUCCAAUGCUUGUGGCAGACUUUUUGCCGGAUGGUGAGGACCUGAACAUGAUUGGCGUGGAUGCAGAUGGUGACUUGCACGUCUUCGAGUUUAACCCUGAUCACCCCAAGUCGCUUCAAGGCCAUCUUCUCCUGCACCGCACGACCUUCUCCCUGUCACCCAACGAGCCCACCACGACGGUGCUCCUCGAGCGCACCAUCCCCGCGUCGCAGCCUCAGCCGCAGGGCACCACCGGCGCGGAGACGCCACACACGCUGCUGCUGAGCUGCCCGACCGGCCAGCUGGCCGCGCUCACGCCGCUCAGCGAGUCGGCCUACCGCCGGCUGCUGUCACUGGCGAACCAGCUGAUGCCCGCGGUGGUGCCGUACGGCGGCUUGCACCCCAAGGCGCACCGGCUGCCCGAGGGCCGCGGGGCGCAGAGCCACGCGCGCGCCGUCGGCGUGGAGACGGCAGCGUCGGGCCGCAUGAUUGUCGACGGCGCGGUGCUGGCGCGCUGGACGGAGCUCGGCGCGGCCAAGAGGGCCGAGAUGGCUACCAAGAGUGGCUACGACGACUUGAACGAGAUGAGGGACGAGCUGGAGGGCGUGCUGGGGUGGUCGGGCAUGGCGUACUUUUGA